AUGCUAAAACGUGCGGAGUUCAUGGAAUCAUGUGAACCCGUCCGUCUCUCAAACCGAACAAUCUUUUCAAUGCUGUCAAAUUGGGUUCGGUGUAUAUGUAUAUGGUAUUCGUUGCGGUUGAAACUUGAGGGGAUUUAUGGGCUGUUUAUUGAAUUUGGACCUAUAUGUGAUGAUUUGGCGGCUAGGAUGGGGGGGGAGCGGGGGGGGGGGGGGUUGGAUUAUGCCCGUUACUUCUUGGAUGGGUGA